AUGGAUUCACUUAAGAGCAUGUUCUUUAGUGGCAAUGGCGAUUCAUCAAGACCCAAGGCUGUCAAGUGGCUAGGGAUGAAGAAACACACGACCACUGGAACGAGUGAUGAAAUGUUUAUGAAUACUGAGGCUACUAAACAAGUACUAGAGCCAUUAAAUGAGACGCUUAUUAAUCUUGUCUCAAUCUUUGGAGCAGCAAGACAAGGCAAAUCGUUCCUUAUGAAUCUAUUGGCUGAUCAACAGGAUUUAUUCAAGAUUUCAAAUUUACGUGAGCCCUGUACGCAGGGCAUUGACCUAUCCGGCCAUUUUGUACCACUCAGUCGAUUUAGCAGCUUUAAUGACUGUCCAUCUAUUCGUUCAAAAGCUAGUAAAGAUAUUCACAUUGGAUUUGUUGAUGCUGAAGGACAGGGGGAUCGAGACAUUACGUACGACUCGAGACUCGUAUCGCCCGUACUACUUGCAUCUAAAGUCGUAAUUUUUAAUUGGAAAGAUAGUUUACAAGCAGAUCGUAUGCUUAAUUUACUCGCAGUGCUUGCACGAGCAGCUCAGGGCAUUGAACUGCCGGAUGGAGCAAACACAAAAGUAUUUGGACACUUGCAUUUGGUGUUUCGAGAUUGGAGUUUUGUGAACUCGACGCCAGAAGAAGUGUAUCGAGAUUUAUUCCAGAAGGAAAAGGGACGAAGUGAGGAAGUGAAUGUGCGCAACCUAGCUCGCAUAAAUCUGAUCGACGCCUUUGAGUCGAUCAACAUUUGGCUAUUCCCGGCGCCUGUUGCCAAUACCGCGAACUUAAGAGACAAGAUCCGUUUUGAUCAACUGCAGCAACCAUUUCAGAACAAGCUACGUGAAUUGCGCAAGUGUUUGUCAAGCCAGCUGCAACGUCCUACAAAGUUCUACCAGCGACCGUUGACAGCAAAGUAUCUAUCGCAGAUUAUGCCAGCAUUGGUGGAUACGUUGAACAGUGAUCAAGUGAUUAUGCCCGAGUCGAUCUAUUCGUCGAUGGUACGUGCAGAGGCUCAGGCAGCAAAGCAAAAGUGCGAAAAGGAUAUCUCAGCGUACUGUGAAGCUGCUGGACUAGAAGAGAUUAUUUCUAGCGACGAGUUUGAUAAAAUGCUGCACAAUGAUGUCGAGGUGAUUGUUCAGGAAGCCGAUGAAAAAAUGAGCAGUUUUCCGAUUGCAGUACGCAAGGAGAUUCAAGCAUCUCUUCGUGCUUUUGCCGAAAAAGAAAUUACUAUUGCACUUCAUGCAAACAGCGAAAAGGUUACAGCGCUACUUUCAAAGCAAGUGGAUAUUGCUUUUCAAACAUUAAAAAGAGAGUGCCAAGUUAUCGAGAAAACUAAGCUUCCGAUGAAGAACGCACUCUUACGACAGGGAUGCACGGAGCUACUCAAUCGUGAAGUGGCGCGCAUCAACGCACUUCCUUUGGGUCUACAGGGAAGGCGUGGAGUAGAAGUCGAGUGUGACCGCUUGCGGCAGACGGCGAGCCUUAUCUUUGACAGAUUGGAGGUGGCAAACGACAAGGCUAUUCAGCACUAUACCACGGCUUUGAAUGAUAUGGUGCGUGCAGCAAAAGCGCAAAUGAGCUCUGUGUUGCAUGAUAACCUUGAUAGACGGUUUGCAGAACAACAUCCCGUGACAGUGACAAAGCUGCAAGGCGAUAUGGAUAUCCUGUAUUCUAAGAUAAUGAGAGAGGUGGUGCAGCAAGCUAAUAACGUAAGUGAAUUUAGUGUUUCAGACGUUAGCUCUGAUCUUGAGCACUACAAAGCACAGCUAGCAGACGAGAUGAAUCGACGCUAUAUGAUAGAAAUGCGACAGAUUUUGAAUGAGGUCAGCUAUGCGGCACGCGAGAACCUGGGGAAGCAAAUUACGUACCAUCUUGACGGGAAAUUGCCGAUGCUGGAGGAAGAGAUCAAGGCUGCCAUUGAUAGUGCUGUUGCGCACGUGAAGGGCACCAUGGCCGACAAGCUCCAAGGGUGGACGAUACUGAAGAGCGACCUUGAAGCAAAGAGCUUGGAGCUGGAGAAACUUGGAGAUGACUUUGCAGAUAAGUACCUGUAUCGCAACCAGCAACUAGAGAAAGAUGCUGGUGUACGCAAGGAAACGGAGCAGUACGAGAAGUUGCGGGUUAAUGUGACAAAGGCAUUCGAGGAAAAGCUUAAGGAGGUAGGGUUUCCAACCACCGAAGAUGAGAUCGAUUCGUUAUUUCGCUCGGUCCUACAAGAUCAUGCUGCCAAGUUUUUGUCAAGUAUAGUGGAUCGUGAAACGACGAAGUUCACUGCAAAGGGUCUGCGCGAAAUUCUUACAAGCGAUUGCAAGCCAGCUGUGGACAACCAGAAGAUGCUCAAUCGACUUGCGGUUGAAAAGAAGGAAGCGUUGGCUACAGCCGAAAAGGAAAGGCGUAUGCGCAAGCGCGAGCGUCUUGCUGCAGAACAGAAAGAGGCAGAAAUCAAUCGCCUUAAAAGCAACCACUCAAAGUGGCUUGGCGAAAAGGAUAACGAGUCGAAACGGCUUCGUGACAAGCUGCAAGUAGAGGAGCGCAAAGCCCGUGAACUGCAGCAGCGUGUGGAAGAAAUGAAGCUACAGUCGAUUACUAUGGAAAGACAGAACCAGGUUGAACAAAGCGAGUCGAUGGAGAAGGCCCGUCGCGAGACGAUGGCGAAAGAGGAAGAGGCAAUGCGACUGAAACAUGAGUUGGAUGAAAUGAAGCGUAAGGCUUUGGAAGUUGAAGCUCAGAAGCGUCAGCUUGAGGUACAGGUCACGUCUGAGGCGAAGAAGAGAGAUGAAGCUGAAGAGCUGAAACGGCAGCUGGAGGAUAUGAAGUACACAAUUGCGCAAAAAGAGCAAGAACGUGCAAGCAUGGAGCUGCAGAUUCAACGAGAGCAGGCUUCACGUGAGAAUGCGGAAAUCGCUGCAUACCAAGCAGCAAAAGCAGCCGAAGUAGCAGCCCGAGCCGCGAUUGAAGCAGGGCGACACCAAGGAUCUGCAACCCUUGCAAAAACGGAGGAAACUGGACGUAAGAGACCAUUACCAAUAAGUGCAUCAGACGACGUGGAGAUGGAAGACGCGUCUCACAUGCGCACGCGCACCGCUGGCCAUGAUGCCGCCGCCGAUUCGUCACCAGUUGCCAAAAAGCCACGCGGACCAAACAAGGCGAGAUCGAUUCGCACCCCAGGAAGCAAGCAAAAAAUGUCGCUAGCUGAGGCGCGGAAGGCCGCUCAAGAAGAGGUUGAAAAACGGAUCCAGGAGCGUGCCAAACUACUUUCAGCGUCGAAAAAGAAGAAAUAA